CCUCAUGGCAACAGGAGACUGUGACACGCACGGGCCUGAGGUCACAGAGCACCAGCCUGCAAGUCCAAAGUCCGCAGCCGCCCCAGUGCGCUUUAUUUUAAGAGCAACCUCUGCGAGGAGCUUGACCAAUUUUUUUCCCCUGGGUGCCCCCUGUGAGGUACUCACCAACGACGAGGUGUGACUGCCAUGGCUGCACUGAGUUGUCUCCUGGACAGCGUGAGGAGGGACAUCAAGAAGGUGGACCGCGAGCUGCGGCAGCUGCGCUGCAUUGAUGAGUUCAGCUCGCGCUGCCUGUGCGACCUGUACAUGCACCCCUACUGCUGCUGCGACCUGCACCCCUAUCCCUACUGCCUGUGCUACUCUAAGCGCUCUCGCUCCUGCGGCCUGUGCGACCUCUACCCCUGCUGCCUGUGCGACUACAAGGUCUACUGCCUGCGGCCAUCGCUGCGCAGCCUGGAGCGCAAGGCCAUCCGGGCCAUCGAGGAUGAGAAGAGAGAGAUCGCCAGGACGACCAACAGGCUGCUAGCCUCCUCCUGCUGCAGCAGCAACAUCCUGGGCUCCGUGAACGUGUGCGGCUUUGAGCCAGACCAGGUGAAGGUGCGCGUAAAGGACGGCAAGGUGUGCGUGUCAGCCGAGCGGGAGAACCGGUACGACUGCCUGGGCUCCAAGAAGUACAGCUACAUGAACAUCUGCAAGGAGUUCAGCCUGCCGCCCUGCGUGGACGAGAAGGACGUCACCUACUCCUACGGGCUGGGCAGCUGCGUCAAGAUCGAGUCGCCCUGCUUCCCCUGCACGUCCCCCUGCGGCCCCUGCGGCCCCUGCGGCCCUUGCGGCCCCUGCGGUCCCUGCGGCCCCUGCGGCCCCUGUGGCCCCUGCGGUCCCUGCGGCCCCUGCAGCCCCUGCAGCCCAUGUGACCCCUGCAGCCCCUGCGGCCCCUGCGGCAGCCGCUUCUCCUGUAGGAAGAUGAUCCUGUAGGCCCCACAGCACUUUCCUGGGCACCCAGAACGUGGGACAGUAGGACAGUAGGACAGUAGGACAGUAGGACAGUAGGACAGCAGGACAGUAGAACAGCAGGACAGUAGGACAGCAGGACAGUGAAUACACGCUUGCAACUUG